CCCUGCCCCCGCGCCCCGGCCCAGCCUGCUCGCUCCGGCUUGCUCCGGCCCGGGGCCGCCCCCGCCCGCCCUCACCGGCCGGGGUGCUCUCGGUGCUGCGCGGAGACCCUCCGCAUCCCUGCGAAUAUGGCGCUGCGAGCGGCGCGAAGCGUGCGGGCUGCGGUGUACAGCCUGCGCGCCAUCUCUGCGCCCAACGCGCCCUGCCCGCCGCGGCCCUGGGGACUGCGGGCCGGCGCCGUCCGGGCGCUGCGCACCGGCCCCGCUCUGCUCUCGGUGCGUAAAUUCACAGACAAACAUGAAUGGGUAACAACAGAAAACGGUGUUGGAACAGUGGGAAUCAGCAAUUUUGCACAGGAAGCUUUGGGAGAUGUUGUUUACUGUAGUCUGCCUGAAGUUGGGACAAAAUUGAACAAACAAGAGGAAUUUGGUGCUUUGGAAAGUGUGAAAGCUGCUAGUGAACUCUAUUCUCCUCUAUCAGGAGAAGUAACUGAAAUUAAUGAAGCUCUAGCAGAAAAUCCAGGACUUGUCAACAAAUCUUGUUAUGAAGAUGGUUGGCUGAUCAAGAUGACACUCAGUAACCCUUCAGAACUAGAUGAACUAAUGAGUGAAGAAGCAUAUGAGAAAUACAUAAAAUCUAUUGAGGAAUGAAAAUGGAACUGCUAAAUAAACUAGUUUGAAACAACUUAAUCUAGCAUAGUUGUCUUAAAUUAGUGGUGGAUAGAUUUUUAAAAAGCAACUUUUAGCAAAAGAAACUACUUGCAAUAAUGUUUCCUAAAGAAAAUUACCCCUUAACUUCCUAAUGAUUUGAGAUAAACACUAUGCAUCUUUUUCACAGCAACCUAUGAUUUUUAGGCUAGGCUCCAGUUAUAAUAUUCAGAAUUCCUGAAAUUAUCUGUGGUAAAACUAGUUAUAAAAAUUAUGUAAUUUAAGGAUAACAGUGUUAUCUUAAGCCUUAUGUAUAAUAUUGUAACUUGCUUACAGCCAUCCCUGGAUUUGGGUCAAAAUACUCAGUGAUCUUCCCACUGGAAAUAACUGGCAGUGGAGAAGAGUUUGUUAGUUGUAUAGUGUCCGAUGACGAACAUUACUAUCUUAAUUUUACAAUAUACUGUGUUUGCUGGUGCUAUUUUUAUACAGUGAAGCAACAGCCUUGCAGGAAAAUAAACAGUUUAAUAAUAAAAUCUUUACCUUCAUAAUUAACCAUGUUUUUUGUUUUGCUGUUAAUAUUUCAUUUAGUGAUUCUGCUGGUAUUUGUAAAGAUGCUAAUUUUAAUUUAUGGAAAGUUAUUUUUUUUUUAAAGAAUUUUAAGCCCUAACAAAAGUUCCAAGAAAAUGUUUCCUUUUAGUCACAGAUCUGGCUUUUCUUAAGCAGAGAUCUAAUUGCCUGAUAGCAUCAAGUACUAUUUUUUUGGUCAUCUUUAAUAUAAUGAAAAAGAAAUCACUGACUGUUUUUCUAUCAUGCUAAGUUAGAAGAUGAUAGGAGUAAAAACAAGGAAAGGUGAAAUUUUGACAUCCUUAAGAAAGCUAAACCACAUUCACAUAAGGUUUCUACUUAAGUAAUGGGAAUAGAAGUGGACACAGUGGCCAACAUAGCAUACUUUCUAAUUGAGCCAACAAUAGUACUGUAGUAUGCUGAUAUGGGGAUGGGGGUAGUACAUAUAUAAGUGCACACAGAUACACACACAGCAGGAACAAACUCCUACCAUUUUUCCAGUUACUAGAGGAAAAAGGAAGUAUUUAGACACUAUCUUCUGAUAAAGAGCAAACACAAGAAUCUCGAGUAUGUAGGUAGAUAAAUAACAUACAAGUCCUUCCUAUUCCUCUGCAGAAAGAAUGCAUUCUUUCUAGGACUGUGCCAGUGGCCAUAUCACUGCUGAGCUGUGUCUGUUAUUAAUCAGGUUAAUUAACUUGACUAUCUGCUUUGGAAAUAGAAAGGAGUGAGUAAUAAUUGCUCAUCUAAAAAUCUAAAUAAUUAAAUCUUGUUUUAAAGGUACUUUCAUGUAUUACCUUCUUUGUUCUUUACAACAAUAGCCAGAGUAGGUAGGGCAUAUCCAUAACUACCACCAUUUCACAGAUAAGGUGAUGGAGAGGAUAAGAGCUGGGCAGUUAUGGUUAGGAUUUUCACACUCCCUGGCUCACUCUUCAUCAGUUCCUUAGCAAAUGUAAGUUACUAUAAAAAUACUUAAGGAAAUUCCCUGGUGGUCCAGUGGUUAGGAUUCAGUGCUUUCAUUGCCAGGGCCCAGGUUCAAUCCCUGGUCAGGGAAGUAAGAUCCCACAAGAUGCGUUACAUGGUCAAAAAAUAUAUAUAUAUUUAAAUGGGAAUCUGGGUGGUUGGGGGAGGAUCAAAGAGCAGAACUUUACGACAACCUGCUCUUUUUCACUGUUUAAAAUAUAGAGCCAAUUCAACCCUCAUUUCUAUUAUAGUGCUGCUGAAAAUAAUAGGUGUUGAAUGGCCCUUCAAAUGGACUAAAUCAACAGAAUUCAAUUUCUCAGACCUCAUAUUCUUUUGAAUGGUUUUGGUCUUAAUAGAAAAGCUUAAUAAUAAGUUUUGAAUAAUACUGUCUAAUAAUUUAAAAUUCAAGAAAUGGAACAGGUAACCCUGGAAGUGUUUAAAAAAUUUUUUCACAUCACCUCCCAGAUAAAGAAGUUGACAGCAUUAAGUUUUAAUACAGAAACCACUAGAGGGCUCUGUAUAGGCAUGCUAGUAUGAAAAUGAGGCUGGUAUUUCAGAUCAACUCUCAAGCAAAUCAAUUUAUGAGUUUUUCUGAAUUUCUGCAACUUUUCUGGGGCUGCUAAAAUGUCAGAGUACCACCCACCUUCAGUUUUUAAAAUUAUGUUAACUAUAACUGCCUUCAUUACUUCUCAACAAUCACUGUAUUAUUUUAGACCUAAUCAUGCAUCUUUCUCAGUGGUUACAUUCUUUUUUCUUCCCAGCAACAUGGCUUUAGUAUUGACCACCUAUCCCCAUCAGUCUCCCCCCUCCCCCUUUUAAAUAGACAUUUUUAGAGAAUAGAUUUAGGUUCAAAAUUGAGCAGCCCCCAUCUUGGUGUUUUAAAAACACCCCUUUGCCAACUCUGAGAUCUUAUUCUAUUAGAGCUUUUGUAUCUGGAUUCCAUCUCUGGCUUUUUAUAAACAUGAUUAGCCAAACACAUUUCUGUUCAGUCAUGCUAUCAGGCUUUUACCUGCUAAGUUUCAACAGUGAUUACAAGCCCAGUUAAAAUAGGUAUGCAGGCACAAUUAGCGUGAAGCAAAUCAUGUGCCAGAUCUUCCAACCUCACAUGUACUUAGGAGAACAUGCUUUCAGUCAAGAAGUUUAAUAGUCACUAAAUCUUAGUUAAGACUUUGGUAUACUUCCCAGAAACAGAACAUAGCUUUAAUGACUUGGCUAACAAAUCCUGCUAGUUGGGUGGUUUUAAAUUUUCUGCCUUCCUAACCAAACUGUGAGCUGAUAAUUAAAAAAAAUUUUGUUGCUUACUAUGUGAUUUCUGGUGUGGAAAGGAGUUUAAAAAGUUGAGACAUUGUAAUGACAAAACCUCUUUCAUGUGCAUCUUCCUGUGAACAAGGUAUCUCACUCAGCUUACAUCUGAAAAAAAAAUGAAUAAAAUUGGGACUGAAUCUGUCUCAUUCUGGCAAUAUGUAAUAUUUACCCAUAGAUACAUGAAUUAGCAAGAGGGGAGGAACAGCCCCAUCUCUUUCAUUCUAUAGACUUCCAGUAACAUUCUUUUGUUUACUAUUUAUAAACGCAUGAAAUAUAUUCCUGUUGUUUGCCAAGUGACUAGAAAUAAAGGUAAUUCUAAAUCUGGAAACAAAUUUAGCUUUACAGUCUUAGAAUUUUUUGAAUUUCAUUUUCAAAUUAUAUUUGUGUUGCACAGAAAAAUGAUAAGACUACUCAAAAGUUUUUGAUCAUAUAUGUCAUAUAUAUAUCAUAUAUAUAUUAGAAUGAGAUUCUGUGGAGAAAGUAGAAUAAAAUAUGAAUUUAAGGAGAAAGCAAAAAAUUUUUCAAUUUUUUAGUUUAUUCAUGUAAUUUUUAAAUAGAUGUUUACGGGUAUCAAAUUGGUAUUAAAUUUAGAUUUCUUUCAAUGCUUUUAAGAGUGAUGUGACAUUUUAAAAUGCCAACAUUUAUGAUCACCUAGAUGGUACAUCCUUUAAAACUGACGAUUGGGAAUUUCCUGGUGGCCCAGUGGUUAGGAUUCUGGGCUUUCACUGCCAGGGCCCAGGUUCAGUCGCUAGUUGGGGAACUGAGACGUCACAAGCAGCAUGGCACAGCCAAAAAAAGAAAAAAAAAUUAUGAUUCAAAAUUUUAUGUUUUAACACAAAAAAGUGGAGUAAG